GAGCUCUGCCCACGGGACAGUCCCGAGAUGGGUCCUGUAGGCGUGUGCGUAGCCCCGGCGCCGAGGAGACUCGGGGUACCCAGCGUGUAGCCGUACCCUCCAGUCCCACGUGCCCCAUGAUGGCAGGGUUUGGUGUGGCAGAGCCCUAAGAGGUUCCAUCUACAGAAAUAAGGAGCCAGUGGACGAGGCCUGCUGCCGCUGCCUGAGCCUGAGCCUGAGUCUGAGCGAGAACCGCCUCCUAGGGACUGCCCAGGCCCCCCCUCUGCCCAGUCUGGGCAUCCGUCUAAGGAGGCCUGCAGAGAGGCAAGGCUAAGGCAGGGCCUCACACUUUCUGCCCCCCAGCAAGCACCAGGAGGAGGGAGCCAGCAGCCAGGCCCUACCAAGAACACCGUCACCAUGACAACCAAUCACCAGCCUCAGGACAGAUACAAAGCUGUCUGGCUUAUCUUCUUCAUGCUGGGUCUGGGGACGUUGCUGCCCUGGAAUUUUUUUAUGACAGCCACUCAGUAUUUCACAAACCGCCUGGACACGUCCCAGAAUGUGUCCUCAGACACUGCUGAACUGAACAAGGACACCCAGGCCUCGGCUGCCCCUGCGGCUGCCUCGCCAGAGCGGAAUUCUCUCAGUGCCAUCUUCAACAACGUCAUGACCUUGUGCGCCAUGCUGCCCCUGCUGCUCUUCACCUGCCUCAACUCCUUCCUGCAUCAGAGGAUCCCCCAAUCUGUGCGGAUACUGGGCAGCCUGGUGGCCAUCCUGUUGGUGUUCCUGAUCACUGCCAUCCUGGUGAAGGUGCCCAUGGACCCACUGCCCUUCUUCAUCAUCACCAUGGUCAAGAUCAUGCUCAUCAACUCCUUCGGGGCCAUCCUGCAGGGCAGCCUGUUCGGCCUGGCUGGCCUCCUGCCUGCCAGCUACACGGCCCCCAUCAUGAGCGGCCAGGGCCUGGCAGGCUUCUUCGCCUCGGUGGCCAUGAUCUGCGCCAUCGCCAGCGGCUCGGAGCUGUCGGAGAGUGCCUUCGGCUACUUUAUCACAGCCUGUGGCGUCAUCAUUUUGACCAUCUCCUGUUACCUGGGCCUGCCCCGGCUGGACUUCUAUCGCUACUACCAGCAGCUCAAGCUCGAAGGGCCUGGGGAGCAGGAGACCAAGCUGGACCUCAUCAGCAAAGGGGAGGAGCCAAGAGCAGACAAAGAGGAACCAGGAGUUUCGGCCCCCAACUCUCAGCCCACUGCCAAGAGCCACUCUGUCAGAGCCAUCCUCAAAAACAUCUCAGUCUUGGCCUUCUCCGUCUGCUUCAUCUUCACGGUCACCAUUGGGCUGUUUCCUGCCGUGACCGCUGAGGUCCAGUCCAGCAUCGCGGGCUCCAGCUCUUGGAGAGACUACUUCAUUCCUGUGUCCUGUUUUUUGACUUUCAAUAUCUUCGACUGGCUGGGCCGGAGCCUCACAGCUGUAUGCAUGUGGCCCGGGAAGGACAGCCGCUGGCUGCCGAGCCUGGUGCUGGCCCGGCUGGUGUUCGUGCCUCUGCUGCUGCUGUGUAACGUCAAGCCCCGCCGCUACCUGACUGUGGUCUUUGAGCACGACGCCUGGUUCAUCUUCUUCAUGGCUGCUUUCGCCUUCUCCAAUGGCUACCUGGCCAGCCUGUGCAUGUGCUUCGGGCCCAAGAAAGUAAAGCCGGCUGAGGCGGAGACGGCAGGAGCCAUCAUGGCCUUCUUUCUGUCUCUGGGCCUGGCGCUGGGGGCUGUCUUCUCCUUCCUAUUCCGGGCCAUUGUGUGACCAUGGAUAGACAGAAAGACUGCACUGCCCACCUGUCUUCUGCCUCCACUGGGCUGGAGGUUUUCUCUUCUAGCCGACUUUUGCAUUCUUAUCAGGCCUGAAUGUUCAGGCCCAGGAGGGGGCACCUCCGUGGAUGGACAGAGGGGACAUUGUGGGCUCAGGGGUCAGAAUCAAGGGAAGAGGCGCAAUCUCUGCACCUGCCUGGGUUCCCCUGCAGGGGACCGAUCCCUGACUGACCCCUGCCUGAGCAAGCAGCAGAGGUUCCUGGGCUCAGAGAGAGAGUGUGUGUCUAUGCGUGUGUGUGUCUGUCUGUCUGUCUGCCUGCCUGUAGAAGGUGGCUGAGGUCAGGGCUGACCGUUCUUUGGACUGAUCUGAUAUUUUCCCUCCCCCUUCUCUCCAUGUCCCUCCUCCCACCUCCCCAUGCCUAGUUCCUACCCAUCAUUCACCCUGUACAGUUGCCAUUUUAUUGCCUUUUUUAUACUCAACAGAAACCAGGUGCCUUCAGAGGCUCUCUGAUUAAAUAAACUUUUUUUUUUCUUCCACGGC